ACAGUGCAGGAAAUCCUUGAUCGAGUCGACCGCAGGAUGUAGCCAGAAAUUCCGUGCAUUGUUUUUUUUAGCCAAAGACCUGACAGUGAUUUCAAGGAUAAAAAUAUCGAUUUGCCAUCGCAUCCCCAGUUUCAUCUACGCUUAGAGUAGAGAAGAAAUUUAUGGUCGGACACCAUGGACAAAUUGAGCGAAACCAACGUUUGGGCCCAUGAACCCACCCCAGUGGGCAUCAUCAUUUACAGCGUUAUCAUCCCCACGAUAUCAGGACUGGGAAUACUCGGAAAUGCCCUUAUUCUCGCAGUCCUUGGCGGAGCAACCCUGAAAGCUUCUACCUACACGUAUUUGGCAGUUCUCGCGGGAGCGGAUCUGGUGACUUGCGCCCUGUUGCUCUUUUCUGGCCUGGCUAGGGGAAUUUUUUGGGGCGAAAGAGGCUGGCUGGAAUUCGAUGCUUUCGUUCAUCUUCCCCUAGGAUCCGUUUCAUCGAAUAUCGCGGUCUGGGCGGCAGUUUGCGUCACCCUCGACAGGCUCAUCUUGAUUUCUGGCCCGCCGAAGUGCAAGCCCCCGAGAUUCUGCGAUGACAAAGUCGCCAAGAAACUGAUGAUCAGCUGCUGCUUCUUUUCCCUUAUGGUCAACAUCCCCUACUGCUUCAUUUACACCUACAACGACGACGGACAUUUGACCACCACUCGGUUUUUCGAGUCCUGGCUCUACGAUGUGCAGAAUUGGUUCCAGCUGGCGAUGUUCGGUCUUGUACCCGCGGUUUUCCUUCUGGUCGGUAAUGGCAUCAUGUGCCAUGCCGUAAGAAAAGCCAUGAGACAGAGAGAGCUCUUUAUGAAACGCAGAAAAAUUCGGGAAGGGAACUGCUUGCGAGACCAAACACGACUGACCAUCACCCUCGUUGGCAUUGUAUUUAUUUUCCUCGUCGGGGAAUUUCCAACACAUCUGGCUUCCAGACGAAGCGCCGCCUCGAUCCUUUAUGGCGGUGACGUCAAUAAAAUCGACGAACACUUCAUGGAAAGGUUUCGAAUGUGCUGCACCGUCCUCAACGCGAUCUCUAGCUCCGCCAAUUUCAUCUUAUAUUGCUUGCUGAGUCCGCACUUUCUUCGAAACCUGAAGAACCUUGCAGGCUGGAAGACACAGACCGAGAAGAAACAACUGAGACUGAAAAUGCAGAUGGUCGAGCGUCUCACCAAGGACAGCCUGAUCUGUACAAAAUCCCUAAUCUAGAAUCUCUAUUGAUUUUUUUCUUCUCACUUUUCCGUUUCCUCGUCGCCCCUGAUAGAUAUCUUUUUCAUCUCAUUCGCCCGUUAAACUUCACUUCCUUAAUUCCAUCCC